AUGAGCGAUCAUUUGGUGUUGUUUGUAGACCGGCUUGUCCGGCCCAUGCCGGUUGAGCCUUUGGCUCUUGAGCCGAUGACUCCGGUGAUUGAAUCGCCGGCUGGGCCUUCUGGCUCUUCGGCGGAGGAGGACGAUGACGGUGAGGAGGAGCCGCUGUUGCAGAUGGGGGAGUGCAGGAUUUGUCAGGAGGAAGAUAGUAUCAAUAAUCUCGAGAAUCCAUGCGCCUGUAGCGGUAGUCUAAAGUAUGCUCAUAGAAAGUGUGUCCAACGCUGGUGCAACGAAAAAGGAGACACAACCUGUGAAAUAUGUCAUAAGACCUAUGAACCUGGCUAUAUUGCUCCACCACCUCGUCCACAUCCCGAAGAAACUACCAUUGAUAUAGGUGGAGGCUGGACACUUUCUGGCACGCCUUUGGACUUGCGUGAUCCUCGACUCUUGGCAAUCGCAGAGGCAGAACGCCAAUUCUUUGAAGCUGAAUAUGAUGGAUAUGCUGCUUCUAAUGCCAACGGAGCUGCAUUUUGCCGCUCAGCUGCUCUAAUUUUAAUGGCCCUUUUACUUUUGAGGCACGCUCUUUCUGUCACAGAUGCCGAUGCUGAUGAUGAUCCAUCGACUUUUUUCUCUCUUUUCUUGCUUCGAGCAGCUGGCUUUCUUUUACCUUGCUAUAUCAUGGCUUGGGCAAUCAGUAUUUUACAACGGCGGCGACAAAGACAAGAGGCUGCAGCACUAGCGGCAACUCAAGUUGCGAUUGUGCUACAAUCCGGGCAGCAUAGGGGUCUGCAAUUUGCCAUAGCACCAGCACCAACUGUGAAUUCACACCCGGAACAAGUCUAG